AUUUGGAGGGUUUUCAGUCAAACGAAUGAUUUGAUGAUCGCCGCGCUUCGAUUUUCUGCUAAAAGAAUGGGUUUUUCGCGCGGGGUUUUUCUGGAUGCAUCUAACUGCUCAGAUUUCCUUAAAACCUUCGACUGCGUCUUGGCGGAUUGCGAUGGCGUUCUUUGGAGAGGCGAUUCUGCUAUCCCAAAUGCACCGAAGGUCAUGCAAAAAUUUGCUGAAGCAGGAAAGAAAUUGUUUUACGUCACGAACAACAGCACUAAAAGUCGAGCAGCGUAUCUGAAGAAGUUUCAUCAGCUUGGAUUCCCUGCUUCAACUGAAAAUAUUUACGGAACGUCCACAAUUGUUGCAGCAUACCUAAAAAGCAUCAAUUUUCGUAAGAAAGCCUACUGUAUCGGAACGACUGGUCUGAAAGAUGAAUUGGAUGCAGCCGGAAUUCAGCAUGUCGGCUUUGGUCCGGAUGUUUCUAGUCACGAUUCUCAUUUGGAAAUGGUCAAGGACGUAGUUUUGGAAGAGGACGUUGGUGCUGUGGUUGUUGGGUUUGAUCCGCACUUCUCGUACUUGAAAAUGCUGAAGGGUGCUACUUAUUUGAACAAAGGCGAAACGCUCUUUCUGGCAACAAAUACGGAUGCACGAUUCCCUCAUGGAUCUAAUGGAAUCAUAAUGCCUGGAACGGGGACUUUCGUGAGCGCCAUGGAAACGGUUUCUCAAAGAAAGCCCUUGAUUUUUGGGAAGCCGAAUUCUAAUAUGUUUGAUGCGAUAAAAAGUGAGCAUGGCAUUGAUCCGGCAAGAACAAUCAUGAUCGGGGACAAUUGUCACACUGAUAUCCUCCUGGGGAAAAACUGCGGUCUGCGCACGCUGCUAGUCCUCACAGGAGUCACGUCAGAAGAUGAUCUUGACAACUUUCGUAGAUCGAAAAACGAAUCGCAUUUAUUGCCCGAUUUCUUCAUCAAUUCGCUCGGGGAUCUUCUGCAUCUUAUGUAGAAGCAUCAGCAUUCAUUGUUCCUGCGGAAAAUUAUGACUUUGUGUGUACAGUACAUACGUUCUGUAAAUUAGCUUGCUAAUGUAAACUUGCAUUUCAGCUGAUUUUUCCGUUUGAACCAAUUGUAUUAUGUAUCCGUUGGGCUUCCUUGGAAUUGAAAUCUGAAUGCCACACCGGACGCACCAAAAUUAACUUGACCAGUGAUGAAGGCGUGAUAUAGCAGCAAUUUAAUUCAGGUGCUAUGCGGUGCAAUUAGAGAUUUUUUUUUGAAUUUCUUGUCUCCAAGCAUAAGAUGCAUUAAUGUCUAUUGAUCAAGAAUUUAUUGAAUGGGAAUCUCGUAUCCCGUUGACGUUUGUGAAGGCAUUAAAGCUGCCUGUUUCUCAAAAUUUAAAUUCGAAUUGGUGGGUUCAUGGUUCGAACGCCCGAGUAAAAUUGGCGAAAGAUCCCUGUGGAAUUUCCCGUGAAUCCCGAAGUGAUGUACAAGCAUAGUUAUCAGUGGGUGAUCUGCGCCGAUUUUGCAAUUAUUAGCCUUAUAUUUUAGAAUUUCCUCUAAAAGUUGAGUGUUUUCAGUUGAUGGUGAAGAGAAACCCACCAUUGCUAACACAAUUGUGAAAAUGCAGAGUAUGAGGUGCCCUGAGCUCUGUGGCGUCCUUUAUAUUACCUGGUCCAUUUGUAUGUGAUGAACA